AUGGUUGGCCCAACCCACAACAUCUAUGUCCAUGUUCGGGAAAUCAACAAGAAUGGCAAACCAUAUUACCCCUAUCUUCUAAAUGGGCAGUGGUGGCCUAGAUUUAACUACUAUUAUGAGGUGAUGGAUGUUCCUGGAAUCGCAUCCAGUGUCAAUGCGGAAACAGGGGGCUCAACAGGUAUUGGCUCAGGAUGA